UAUCCUUUUUUCUUCUAUUUUACAAUAACUAUUAUGUUAAAGCUUUUUAUACAAUAUAGCACUCUGGAAACCUCGACAUUUUCUCAAUGAAUUGUUUUGUUCACCCGAUGUGUUCAUUGUUCUUCAAAUAAAUUCUAAUCAUUUCGUCCCGAUCGGGUCUUUAUCGAAUUGAUACAUCAAGAAGUUUAAUUACGAUUCAAGUUUUAUAAGCUGUCCUCAAAGAUUUGCUUCGUGCAAAUAAAUCGCGUACAUAAUUUGAAAAAUAUAAUUCUAAAUCCAUAGAGUUCGUUGACAUAAUUAACGUAAUUGAUGUAAUAAGAAAAAAAAAUACAUAUUUUCUAUUUAUAAAGCGAAUGGCAAUUUGUAUGAUAGAAAAAAAAUUCUAGGGGUAAUAACUUGAUAAAUUGCACUUUCUACACGGAAGAUAGGUGCACGCGCGGUUAACUUCCCCGAUUGCUCGCUUACCCUAUUAGCGUUGCAUUCAUUCAUUGCACUCGUAGCAUAGAGUUUACAAACGUUGCAAUCCAGCAUAUCAGAAAGUUUACUAAUUGUAAUGAGAAUUCGUGAUAUGAAUUUAAAGUCAAAAAUACAUAUGUAAUUAAAAGUGUAUAAAUAGCACCGACCCAAAGCGACGCGACGAUCAUCCGGUGACUUUCACGGACUGAACACGUAAGGAGUUAAUUUAUGAUAAAAUCGACUGAUUGGAAGGAAAAAAGGUGACAGAAUCAUUACAUGACAAUGGUGAAAUAUUUAUCGAUCCAUGUCAGUCGGUCGUACAAAAUCGAAGAACAAAGAUGGGCGCGCAACUUGGUCGAUUGCAUAAUCGGAGAAAGUGGUUGCGAAACGAGUCAGUCACUCUACGUACGGGUAAUGCCGGUCCCGGUGUUUGUGGCCGGUUGAACAUUAUAUCAUAAACCGAGGGAAACGUUAUGUCACGAAAUCGUGGAUGGUUCAACGGUGGGUAAAGAAUUUCUCACGAAGUUACAAAACUUCGUUGAAACGAUCGUAAGUUACGCGCGUGAAACUUUAAAUAUUUCGAUCGGUAUCUCUGAGCAUCGCGAUAUAGCAGGCAUUCACGGCUUGACUUUGAACGUUGCCGGGAAACUAUGUCAGGGGUUCGUUAAAGAAAGUGCAGCCGGAGAUCGAGAAGCCAGGGGAACGAAUUCGACCUCGUUUCUUCGGUACAAAUCGGGACGAGCGAGCGAAUUACACUCUUUGGAUUUUCAAAAUUUGAAGUUACCUUCAAGUUGUCGUUUGUUCAUUCGAAAGUAAUCGAUCGAACAGCAAAAUGGGAGCGAUCGAAUGGGUAACCCCGGAAGACAAUUACGAGUGUUCCCUUUCGGAAGAGACGCAGAAACUUGCCAAGGAGGAACUCAGAGAGGAUAAAAAUACGAGAGACCAAGCCCUCGAACAAGUACGCAACUGGAUAAAAUUGAAUCCACGUAUUCAAAACUGUCGAUUGGACGCACAAUUUUUACUAAGAUUCUUGAGAUGUAAAAAGUUUAACGUACCGAUGGCCGAAGAGGCGAUCGAGAGAUAUUUAUUGCUUCGUCAAGUAUAUCAUCCAGCUUUCAACAAUUUAGACAUGUUGGAAACAACGAUAGAAGAGUUGGUGUCUCUGGGGUAUUUGUUUGCCGUACCUGGCCGCGACAAGAAAGGCCGUCGUGUUGUAGUUGCCAGACCAGGUGUUUUCGAUCCUCAUAAAUACACGAACGCCGACAUGUGCAGAAUGCAUGCGAUCACUUACGAAACUUUAAUGGAGGACGAGGAAAAUCAAAUACGGGGUUUCGUUCAUUUCGCCGAUGGAGCUGGUGUGAGUUUUCCGCAUCUGACGCUUUUCACGCCAAAGGAAGCUGUUCGCAUCGUGAAAAACGGCGAGCGCACCAUACCGAUGCGUCACAAGGAGGUUCACGCCAUUAAUGCGCAUCCUUCCUUGAAAUUUGCUCUCGAUUUCGGCAUGUCGUUGAUUUCGGAGAAAAUCAAAAAGCGUGUCAAAAUUUACACCAGCCUGGAAGAUGCGAUCAAUCGAAAAAUGGACACGAGCAUGUUGCCAAAAGAGUACGGCGGUACAAUGCCGAUGAAGGAAAUGAUCGCGCUAUGGAGAAAGGAGUUGCUAGAAAUGAGACCGACGUUGUUGAGUCACGAUAAGAUGAGAGUAUGUUUGGAUUUGUACUCGGACAAGGCUCGAGAAGGUGCCGUGUCCGCUCUGAAACAAGGUUUUAGCUGUUCCGAAAUCGGAACCAGCGAUUCCACCAUGUACGGUAUCAACGGUUCCUUCAGAAAACUCGAAGUCGAUUGAACAAUAUUGGAAACUGAUAUGAUGGCAUUUUUCGCGAUGAAAAAAUGGCUAAACUUCGAUCUCGGUCGGCGCAAAUCGUUUUUGAGCUCGAUCAAUUCUUGAUAUAAAUAUUUAAAUUACAUUUAGAAACGUAAGGCGCGGUGUUUAGAAAUAGUGUCACGAAAUUUUAGUUACGUUUUGUAGUCUUAUCGUUAAAUGCCGUAAACGUAGAGGUGGAUGAAAAAAUCGAAGGGAUUUGAAUUGGACUUGAAACGAUAGGGUUGCGUUUUGAUAGUUCGUAAAUUACAUGUAAUUCUAUAUUUUUCGCUUGUAAAUAAGACUGUGUCAAUGGAAAUAAAUGUAUACCUUUUUUUUUUUUUACAUCUAUCUUCGCCUCUUGUUCUUUUCGCCAGCUAAUCGUAUAACAAGUUUAGGAAGCGAGCCAAGUGCCGAUAAUUUUCCGCACGUUUGCUCUAGCGUUAACAAGAUCCUUAACGUCCGUGUCUAGGUCGCUGUAUAGAU